GAGGCACCGCUAUCCAGGAGCCACUCACGGUUGGAGGUCUCACCCCCCGAGCCAGUACCCUUGUCUGAAGAAGUGUCAAGCAUGGAUAAAAGACGAGAGACCUGGUCUGCGGUGAGACCCAAUGGGCUGUUCUGGGCUGACGCUCCCCCUGCGGCAUGUGCUCCCCCUGUCCCCGGACCUGCUCCUCGGCCGGUUGACGAACCACCGCCAGCAGCCCCACGGCCGUGACCUCUGCCCGACCCACUGCCACGACCGGAAAGUCAUCCACGACCGCGGCCUUUCGGUGGAGGAUAGCCGUGCAGCUGGUUGCACCGCUCCUUCGAGUGCCCAUCUUUUCCGCAAUAGCGGUGAGGUUCCUGAAGCAGGUGGGGGCGAACAUGGCGCGUCUGGUUUCGAUCAGCUCGGAGCAAAAGAGGCGGCAGAGCUGCCGCCGGAAGGUGUCGUCCUCGGCGGCCCAGCUGGGAAGGUCAAGGUCAUAUGCGGAAAGCUCAUCAUCGUCAUCGGCGGCCAUUGUAGAAUCUCACCUGAGGGCAGAGGCCAUUGAAGACUGCAUUGAGUUCUUGAACUCUUCU